AUGGAAUCAGGUUCUAAGCCUUCAAAUGACCUACCAUGGGAUCCAAACAAUACCAAAUUCCCUACCCGCAAAAACCUUCCUAAUAUCCCUGGAGCUCCUAAAGGCGCUGCCUGGGUCUGGGGUAAGGAUGACAAUAUUGGAAGAUUGAACCUGCUCACUCCAACUCGUGUCAAGGCAGCGGCCGCAGAAAUCAAAACUGGAGAAGUUAUUCCUCUAGAUCUACCGUUCAACGUUCCGGAGACUCCAGGCUUCGCCCGAGAGAAGUUCGUGCAUACUAUCAAGACGAUUGUCGAAGGCAUUGCAUAUGACGACUUAUACGAAUUAAAUACCCAGUUUGGGACACAGUGGGACGGAUUUCGACAUACAAAAGGGGAAGACAUAAAAGGACCAAAUGCCAAUCAUAAAUGCAGUAUACAUCACUGGGCCGAGCACGGUAUUACUGGCCGAGGAGUUCUGCUCGACUAUCGAUCCUAUGCAAAAGCCAACGGGAUCGAUUAUGACCCUUAUACCCCACAUGCCAUUACUUACGAGGAGCUUGUCAAGUGUGGGAAAGCUCAAGGCAUCGAUAUCCGACCAGAAGCCCAAGGUGGAGAUAUAAAAGUUGGCGACAUCCUACUGAUCCGAUCAGGGUGGGUUGAAAGCUAUCACGAACGCAGUCCGGAAGAGCGCGAGGCUCUUGCUCUCCGGCCACACUCUGCCGGGCCAGGCGAUGGACAAAAGUACGCUGGUGUUGCACAAGAAGAUGAUAUGCUCGACUGGCUGCAUGAUUGUUACUUUGCGGCUGUUGCCGGGGACGCACCGGCCUUUGAGCGCUGGCCAACCCCCGUAUCGUACUAUCUGCAUGAAUACAUACUGGCCUUGUGGGGGAUGCCACUUGGUGAGAUGUGGGAUCUCGAGAGACUUGCGAAGAAAUGUCGUGAGACCGGUCGUUGGUUUUUCUUCCUGACAAGUGCCCCUUUUAAUGUUCCAGUUCCACCCAAGCAGAACCAGUAUAUUUAG